UCCCUUAUUAGGAAACAAAUUUGGGCUAUAUAAAUGAUCUAUCAACAGCAUUUGCAAACAUUGGAUGCAAGUUUCUAGUACCUGUAUCUCAGAAGAGGACACUGACUGCUGAAUUCUGAUCUAUGAAGAGAAGAGCAAUGAAGCUGUAUCAUAGCAUCCUGCUACUCUUCAGCUGCCAGGUCAUUCACACUCUGGCUUUAAACUGUGAAAUGAUUUGUGGCACCCUGAAGCAGAUAGACGCUGGGGCAGGCUCAGUGGUUGGAGUGAACGAUCAAAAUGAAGUCUUCGUCCUGAAUAAUAACGUCUUCACAAAGGUCUUUACAUCUCUAAAACACUUCAGUGUUGGUCCUGCUGGUCAGUUUGGGGUGGAUACAGCAAACAACAUCUUCAAGGUGCGGGGUGGCAGCCUUGUGCAGAUUGAAGGCCUUCUCAAACAGGUGGAUGCUGGAGGAGAUCAGAAUGUUGCAGGUGUCAAUAUGUAUGAUGACAUAUUUUGUUUAAAUAUGGAUGCUAACAACAAAUUGCCAUCCAACUCUGUUCCUUGGAUUAAACUUGGUGGAAAGCUGAAGUAUUACAGCUGUGGCCCGUACAGCUGUUGGGGAGUGAACAGCGUUGACGAAAUCUGGAUCAUGAAGGGUGUGUCUGGUAAUGCCUGUUCUGGGCCCAGCCCCUUUGUGAUUAUUUCUGGACGUCUGUCCAUGAUUGAAGUAGCAACUGAUGGCAGUGUCUUUGGUGUCAAUGCUCAAGGGGCCUUAUUCCAAAGAACUGGCGCCUCUCAGUCCAACCCCGCUGGCACAGACUGGUUAUCGAUUGUUGCCUGUCCCAAUGGCCACAAGCAUGUGAGCUUUGACCUGGGAUUGCUGUGGGUCGUCUGUGUUGAUGGCUCCAUCCGCAGGUGUACUUUAUAGUCUGUCAAGCAUCACUGCAGGAACAGAGGAGCUCAAUCAUUAACAUAAAUCUCAGAUAUUAUUAACAGAAAACUAUAAAAGCUUGAUUAAUCUUAAUCUUUCUUUUCUUCUAUUUUUCUUGCUGCUGAAUCAAUAAAGCACUAUGAUAGCAUCUUA